AUCAUGUGAGCGUUUGCAUUGGAUUUUACAAUUAGUGCAACGAACUUUAGAUUACGGAAGUCGCUAUUAUAAAUUCUACUUUGAACUCUGGCACGACGCAUGCGCGACAGUUAACCAAUAGGGGAAUCCCGGCAUUGCAACAGGUAUUCCAAUGACCCUGCAAACACCUAAUCCUGUUGAUUGAUUCAUUAUGCUGCGGUCGGUGUAUCGGCGCGCCGAGACGAGACGAACGGGACGAGACGAGCGACGGUGGCGACGAGGAGGUGGAGGAAGAGGCGGUGGAAAUCGGUGUGUGCGCUCAUGACGGAGACCUCGUGCGUACCAGUCGCGUCGUCGAGCGGAGCCGAGUCGAGUCGUGUUACGGCUGUAAUCGCGGUUGUUCUUCGCAACAGUUUGUCCCGUGACGACGUCAGUAUCUGUGCGCGAAGAAGACAAGCGCUACUGUACGAAAGAAAUUUGAAACGAUAGAAGAUCGUAAGGUACACGUCGCGAGAAGACUGAAAGGAAUUCUUCACGUUCGCCACGCAACAAACUCUUUUUAUCAUUCGUCCCGUACCGUACGUGUCGAAGUUUUAAAAGUGCAACCGAAGCGCUGCUACUCUCGUUCGACCUCUCUCGCCCUCCGCGAGUUAUAUAUCCGAUCGGAGAGUGCACUAGUCCUCCCUACCUUCUUUUCCUCGGUGUGUAUUUUGCUCUCUCCGCCAGUUUAUCCGUCUUGCUCUCGCAUUAUCCCCCUCCGUAAACGUACUCGCUAGCUCUUUGGGCAGCGAUUUCAAGAAUGUGACAGUGCGCGUCCUCGCGGUCGCCUCGCGCGAACAAGCCCGCAGGCCGGCGACGGCGAUGGGUGACGAGCGACAAGUGUGUUACGGUGAACAGUGAGAAAACAGUGAAGAGUUAGAGAGAGAAAGACGGACGAUGCAAGCGGAAAAUGUCAGUCGGUGAUACGCGUAUACGGAUGACGGGGAGUGAUCGACGCGACAAUCUCGGAUUUGAGGUUAAAGUGUCGUCGUCGUCGUCGUUGUUGUUAUGUGGUGCCGGUGCGCCGGCAUUGGCGACGGCACGGGCAAAGGAGUAUCAAGAACGAAAACGGCACUAUCGUAUCCUGCAGGGCUUGCAGGCCCGACAUUCGAGGGACAUUGAUCAAGCAUCCUGCUCUAUCGUCGGCAGAAACGUUCCCUAAGUAAAAAAAAAAGAAACAAAUUCGUGCAGAUAUAAAACAAUAUUUUUCGUAAGACGAACCGCGUCGAUAUACGUACAUAUAUUUUCAACGCGUGCGAGUACGAUGUGAUUGUGGUUGUGUGCCGGGUCGGGAGGUUAAGGCACCACAUCGCUGUCGAUAUACAACGUCGAAGGAAAGUCAAGAACCGGUGUCGUGUGUGCACGCGCAACCGAUUCGUGCUGCUACAUCCAACGGAUAAGAAGUGUAUCGUGAUACUAAUAGUGCGCGUCCGUAACCCCGCCGGCGACCGUUGCACCGUGUACGUCCACGGACAACCGAAGCUGACGUCCGCGAACCGUCGAUACAUCAAGACAUAGAACCCUCGUGCCUUUUCUCUGUUAUAUUAUGUGCUACGUUUUCCCACCAUCGAACAAUAAUUCAUCGAAUACAUUUCGUUCGCGAACGGCAGCAUAUUGGACAUCAAUCUCAUUCGUGGAACGCGCCAUUUUUUCCAGUCUCACGGAGCCGUCUCAUUGGAUCGCUAGACGUGACGUAUCGGUUGGUAAACGAAUUCGAAACAAAAGGGUGUUCCAGCUGAUCGAGAUCGUGGCAACAGAUUGCCGUUUGGUAUCGUACGUGCAAAUAGCGUGAACAGACGCGCGCGCGCGUACUGCUCGCGUCACCAAUCAGCCGGCCAGUUUGUGUAUACACAGUGGCACAUAGGUAAAUGAGAGUUCAAGGUCAACAGACGGUAUUCGGCCUAACCUCGUUCGAAAAAGUUAUCGACUCGAACACCACGAGGAUAAAGGUAACCCCUUAUUCCGUUCUCGGUCACUUAACCGUACGUAUCGACAGUUGAAAAUAUUCUCUCGGUGCCGCGGAAGAAAGGGAAGAGGCGAGCGCAGCGCUGACGAAAAAACGGCAAAGCAGCGGAGAGGCGCGUUUAACGCCUUCGAGCGUGUCCACGACUGUACUCGUGAAGCGAGCGUUCCUUGCCACGGGGGACUGUCACACUAUUUCGGGACCGUGAUCCAAAGUGCACGAGAUACGCGGAGAGCAUAAAUAAAUAUACUCGCGUGUGCUGGCCCCGUCAGAAGUCGCUGGGGACCGUCAUUCGUCUGUGAUUCCUUCGCUCGUAUGUGUGUCGUCGCUGGAGCCGUGUUUGUUGUUUUUCCCGUCGGUGUAUAACCGACCGGUGUGUGUAUAUACUUCUCGUGUUCCGUUUUCUUUUUCUUUUUUUCAAUUUUAUUUUACCAUCGUGGUCGUCACGUUGGCGAAAGAGAAGCAACAGGAGAAAAGAAGCACGUUAGCCGUGGAAGUUAUAAGCGGUGGAGGAAGAGGAGCAAAUCGUGUGGGGGCGGCGGUGGUGGGGGAGGAGGGAGGAAAGCGGGGCCGUGGAACGUGCGGUGGUGACACGGUGUCGCGUCCCGACACUGAUUCCAGAUAUUUCUUAUUUUCCGCGCGGCUACGUUGAAAAGUACUGGCCCCCAAAUGCGCGAACCGCAAAUCCUGUUUCAUGUUCAUGUUCUGGAGCAAACGGACGGCGCUCACUAGACGUCUCCUAAAGGCCAAGGUCCGUGGAGAGCAUGAAACCGAGUGUGAAGCUCAAGAGGAUUCGUCACGUAUUCAUCGCGCAAACAACACGACCGGCACCGACAACGACACGAGCAACGUGACGGCAACGACGGGCCAAACAACCAGAGGAGCGCGUGGAGCGUCGUCAGGAGGAGGCGCUGUAGGAGGAGGUGGAGGAGGAGGAGGAGGAGGUGGAGGUGGAGGUGGAGGUGGUAGUCGUAUCUCCUCGAGUAGACUACAACAAGGUUGUUGCGGCGGUGAUCAAAGCCAGGACGAUGACGAGGAUCCCGUUCGUUUGUUGAGGUGCAAGGAGCUCCUCAAAUCGCUCAAGGAGAAUCAGCUAGAGAUGUUACUCACCGCCGUGGAGAGUUCCGGUGCCGAUCUCGGAUCGUGCAUCCUUGUGCCUCACCAGCAACCCGAGGACAGCUACGAUCCCGAGCAACAAUGUUAUCGGCCCCAUCGUUAUCAUUACCAUCACCAUCAUUAUCAUCACCAUCAUCAUUAUCAUCAUCGACAUCAUCGUAGACUUCAUCGUUCUUCGUCGUUGGAGAACGAUGAUGAUCAGAACUCUGGAUCGGAGGACUCGUGCACGUUACCGAUUAGACCGGAACGAUGCAGGAUACCUGUUCGAGGCUCCUACGACAACGCGCCAAUCGAUCCUCACCUGCUCUGCUGCCAGAUCUGGCGGUGGCCGGAUCUCGCUCACUCGUCGGAGCUCAAGAGACUUCCUGUCUGUCAUUCCGCUAAAGACCCUGUAUACAUAUGCUGCAACCCUUACCAUUGGAGCCGGCUCUGCAAACCCGAGUCGCCGCCACCCCCGUACUGCCUUAUUGCCGACAGACUGAGACCCGAAGAUCGUGCGCCCAGCGAAGGGGAUCAACGUCGGUGCAAAAACAGCACACCCCUGCCACUUCCCGGCUCCCUUACCACCAACGGAGAAGGUGAAACAGGUCAGAAGGAAUGGUGUACCUUAGCAUAUUGGGAACUGGGUGGUCGAGUGGGUCGUUUGUACCCUGUGGAACCUUCAACAGUGAAUGUUUUCGAUUCUCUCCACGAUGGCGAUGGCCUUUGCUUGGCAACGUUAGCUGAGAAUCAUGUUGCACCUCCUGCGGUCCAAAAGACACGAAGCAAAAUUGGGCUUGGUUUAAUGCUUAGCCAAGAAGCAGAUGGUGUAUGGGCGUACAACAGAUCUGAGAGCCCGAUUUUCGUGAACUCGCCUACUUUGGAUGACCCAGAGUCUAGAACGUUACUCGUCUAUCGUGUGCCUCCUGGCUUUUGUCUGAACAUUUUCGACCGUACCAAAAUCCUGCAACUGCCAUACGGCAAUGGUAAUACGAGAACAAGCAAUCAGGCAUCAGGAUUCGCGUCCGGUCCUGUUGAUAUCAACUCCGUCCGAAUCAGCUUUGCCAAAGGCUGGGGACCCAAGUACUCAAGACAGGAAGUCACCUCUUGUCCGUGUUGGCUCGAAGUACUCCUAGCACCGUGCAGGUGAUCCCUACACCUAAUCGUGAUGGUAUUCAGUCUCGUCCGUUUGCGCCUCUUCUUCCUCCUCGUCGUCCUCGAAGAGGACCGAUACGGCAAACUGACGCAGCAACGACGAAGCUCCGUCCCAAAGGCUGCCAACGGAUACUCAAAACGACGCGGAUCGCCGCCAGCAGUCUUACCAAAGUACGCCGCCAUACAUCCAGGAACAGCGCCGUUUUCUUCACCGAAAUGAACGAAGAAGAAAAAAAAUAAUAAUAAUGAAUCAUUCGGCAAGAGCGUUUCUUGUGCCUACGAACGGAGGAUAUGCAGUUCUACGUGGUACUCGAUCGUCAUACCUUGAUCACCUCUCUCGGCUAUAUCGUAACGAAAUAUUCGUCUUGAUUUGCCAAUAAUACCGUUGUACUUUCUUGAUAACGUUAAAUGAGAUUUCACAAUAAAAUAAAAGCGAAGCGGACACAUCCGCUAGGUCUAGUCAGUGGUAUUUAACGUUUCUGAAGCUUGACGCUUAUUUCCCGCGUUAAGAAUAAAGAACAAUUUAUUGAAAUCAUAGAAAGUGCAAGGGUAACAUUGGCGUAGUCAAUUUAAUAGAAUCAUUUCUCUUCUUCUUUUUUUUUUCUUUUCUGUUUCUUUGUAAGCUUAAUUAUCCAUACUGUCUGGCUAUGUCCUCGUUUAUAAUUAAAUAAAUCAUUGCACUGCAAGGAAGCAGAAGUACUUUGGGCUUCCGAUAAGGUCUAGUCAAUGGUGUUUGAAGAGCGUACAAGCUUGUUGGUCGCAUGGACGUUAAAAAAAAUUUAUCAAGAAACGAGAACACUGCCAACAGAAUCAAAGCAAGUACUUAGUGUUUCUUUCUUUCUUUCUUUGUUCUUUUUUUUUUGUUUUUUUUUUUUUAAUAAUGUUACCUCCAGAAAGAAAAAGACUUUUACUUUAAAAAGUAACGAUAUACUUUGUAGUAUAAAUUCUCCUUCAUUUACAUUGAACACGGUCAUAGAUUUGUUAACUUGUCAAAAGGAUUCGUUGAAAAUUAACUAGAUCUAGAGAUACCUUUGUGAACUCAUUAAAUAUUCCAAAUGAGUUUCACGGAAGGUUCCUAACUAGUCAAUAAAGAAUAUUAGGAAAUUGUUAGGAGCUAACAAAUCUUAUCCCGAAUUCUUCUAUGUUAUAAGUCGAAUAUAUCAGUUGUAAUAAUCUUGUAAUGGCGUUUCAUUGAUGUUCAAAUAUCGUGUACCACGAGUACUGUAGUUGUCCCUGAUCGUCGUUCGGUGCUGUACAUACGUAUAUGUACAUACACUGUGCCUUCCCCAGCUUCCUUCGUGGUGCAAUGCGUGUGCGUGUAUGUGUCUUCGUGCGUGUGUCUAAGAAUGAAUGCGAAGAAUCUGUGUGUCAGCUACGUUUCGUACCAAAUGCCCGAGAGCUUCGUACUACAGUAAUACGGUACUGUGAUAAAAGUUCAAAACCAGGUCUGUUUUUUUUUUUUCCUUCCUUUCAUCGGGAAACGCGUUCAUAGAGAGCACCGACGAGAAGAAACCACUAAAAAGAAACAAAAGCAAUCAAUUCGUUGAAACUGUAUAUUGUACGCAAUGUAUGCUUGAAUUAUAUGAAUCCAUAGACUCAGAUCUAGAAGAAACGUUGAAUUUAUAAAGAUAGUAGUUUAAUCGGUUAAUUUUGUACAGUUCUGAGAGAAAAUUAGCGUAAGCGAGCGGAGUUUUACAAAUUUUAUCGCGAAUGUCUUCGUUGGAACGAUACAGAGAGCAUGUGGUAUGCGGCUUUUCAAACAAUGAUUGCAAUGUAAAGAGAUCGUGUUAGAUGAGGUCGGAACGAUAAUGAUUAUUGUACGUGUAUAGGAUGCAACAUUGUACCACCAGUCAUACGUAUUCAUUCAUACGCAUACACAACGCAAGCAUGUAGAAAACACAAUCGACUGAUCGAGUAGUUACAUUUUUCGAGCCGUUUGUUACUUUUUCGUACGGCGGCUUUUGUCGGUGUAUAAAGCGGGAACAGGUACACUUGGGUGCAACGUAGGGUUCUAUUAAUUAAGAAUAAGUGUAAAGGAAGAAUUCUUCGACAUUUGCCUUUUUGGGGGAGGAGGGAACGAUGGAGAGAGACAGGGAGAGCGGAUGAUGGGACAUUUCUUCUAUGCUUUCUUUUAAGUCAGGGAAGGGUAUAUUGCACGCGACUGUACACUUCGGUGCAAUAUAGGCUUUUCUAAGUUAAAGAUAAGUAGAAGGAGAAGAAUCGCCCAUCAUUUACUUUCAGGAUUGGGAAAGCCUAGGGAGAAGCUAGGGAGAGCUCGGGACAAAUCUAGAAAGAGCCCAGGGAGAGCCUAAGCAAAAGCCAGGGCAAAUCUAGGGAAACCCUAGGGAGAACUAAGGGUACGCUUAGAAUAAAUUUAUGAAGAAACUAAUCCAGAAUCUCCCAUUCUCAGCAUACCUAAAAAAUAUGGAUAAAUAGGGCCAAUGAUGAAACACUUCUUCAUCUUAUACUUCCUCUGAACUAAAAGAAGCCUUAGUUGGACGCAACUGUACAUACGCGGUCCUGUAUGACAUGCCGAACGAGGUAUAUUGUGAUGCGUAUAUUGUCGCUUAAAUGUUAUGUAUAUUAAUGUGUAUACGUAUGUAUACAGAAAUGUUCAUAGGUAGCUAGCUAUAUCUACUGCAACGGGAUGAUUCUCAGGCCUGUACAUACAUACAAUUAUAAACUUAGCAAUCUUAAACCUAAUCCAGACCUCCAUACAUUGGAUCGGGUAUAUAAAAAUUGUGAACAUUUGUUUGGAAACGUUUAAACAAAUGCUUCUAUUGAAAAUGGAUAACAUGUGUUUUUAUUAUAAAUAAACAAAAUUGUUGACGCGUAUUUUGGACAAAUGUUUAGCUCUUUGUCUGUAGAUCUGGAUUAGAAUUAAGUAUAUCAAUUUUUUUUUUCCUUCAAGUGCCGUUAAAUAAGCAAUGUUAGUCUCAGAUGAGCUUUCUAUACGACAAUAAUAUGAAACUAUGUAUCCAUUUAAAAUAAUUAAAUAGAGGUGCGUACAGGCCCAAGAAUCGUUGAUAAAAAUUGUAACGACAGUGACUAUGUCGAAGUCCACGUUGCUUUUUAUAGUCCUUUUUUUUCACGGCUCUAAUUUGCUGUUAUAGUCGAGGUUGGCUCAUCGAACCAAAACGCGUGCGGUCAGUUUUAGAAAAAUAAAUUUUCUUCGAAACGAUCAUCGAGUAAAAAGAAAAACACACACGGAGCGUAACACGGCGACCCAUAUAAUUUGUACAAAUAUUUUAUUUUCUUUCGUAAAGAUUCGAUUAAAAAUAAGUUUACUUAUUUUGUCAAUUACAUAAUCCCUCAUUCGCUUUUUUUUGGUAAUUUGUUGAUUAUGAACGGAUGACGAAUGAUUCGCGGUCGUUUUUGCUAAUCCACCGGGACAUUAUUGUCCCUAGCAACGCUACGCCGGAAAAGGAUGUAUAGUUUAACGGUGUACUUAACAAUAUUUUAUAAUUAUAAAACGUACGCAAAUCUGAAACUUUGCUGAGAAAGUCCGAGUAGUUUCGUUAUAUUAGGUAACGAUUGUUAAAGAAACCUUUUGACGGGCGAAAUAUUUAUUCGUAUUCUUUUCACAGAAUCAAUAAAACAAUUAGUUUGUAUAUAAAAA